GAAUAAAGAAAUUCAAAAUGGCGGACGAUUGUGCAGUUUAAAGUUGUUAACUCGUAAGGUUUGAUAGAAUCGAACCUGGAGAAUGGAGAAAUUACAAGAUACUGCUGACCGUUCUCUGUACUGUGAUCUUCCUUAUAAUAUCAAACAUGACAAAGAAAGACUUGGACUUCAGCCUCUAAACUGUUCUGCUAAAGAUUACGUUGAGUCGUUUCUCGAACAAUCUAUCCAGAGAAAUGGCAUUAACAGUACCAUUAAUGAGACACUACGUCGGAAACCUCUCAUGCUUGACAGUGUAAAAAGACACAAAACAAAACAGAAGAAAACUAAAAGCAUGUCAUCAAAGGAGAAAAGAGAAAAAAAGAUAUAUGAACUGGCCCCUGGAAAUCACAAGUAUGAGAUGUACCUUCCACUGCAUAGGUUAUGGUCAGAAUACAUGCAACAAGUAUUAAAUCUUCAAGAAAACAGUAAACUCAAGGUCGUUACUCCAAAAAUGUUGAAGGCUGACUAUCAUGGGUGCUUGAUAACAGUUUGCAGAUCUAAAUGUCCAUCAUAUGUUGGAAAAACUGGCAUUGUGUUACAAGAAACAAAAAAUGUCUUCAAAAUCAUUGCUAAGGACAAUAAACUUAAAGUUAUUCCAAAGGCUAACAGUGUCUUUUCUUUUGAGCUGAAUGGUUUUACAUUCAAGAUUUAUGGCAACCACUUCCGGUUCCGUGCAAGUGAGAGAUCAGUUAGGAAAUUUAAGUCCAAGCCAACACUGGACUUGUGACAUUACUUAUCGUAAAAUCUAUAUUUCAAUGUAGAUUACAGCUAUUUUCAUAUUUAUAUAAUUAGAGCAAUUUCCAGACAUCAUCUUCCUGGCUUGUUUCAGUCAGGCAACUAUCAAUUUGAUAGACCAAGGAUAGACGGAAGCCAAAGCACCCAUAAAGCUUGUCAUAUCUGGACAUGCUAACUACAAAAACACUGAAAAUGCUAGAUAUAUAUUAUCAACGUUGACACUUAAUUAAAACACUCAUUAAUAAUUCAUAAGUUUAUGGUCCAAUUGGAGCCAUCAUACACGUCACAUGCAUGAACCUUUAUACCCGAUAAAGUCCUCUUCUUUAGUAUUCAAGUGA